CCCGCGCGCACGCGGAACAGGCGCGCGCGUCUUAACAGCAGUGUCCUCUGAUCGCGCUGUUACUCGGUGCUCCGCCAUGGCGUUGACUUCAUCUGCAGCCAGACCGUAUCAUAUAAUUAUCUUUGGGGCGUCUGGUUUUACUGGACAGUUUGUGGUCGAGGAGGUAGCCCGCACCUCUGCCGAGGGUCCGAGAGGAGCUGUGAGAUGGGCCUUGGCUGGGAGGAGCAGAGCCAAGCUGGACAAAGUUCUGGAGCAGGCGUCUGAAGCUUUAGGUAAGCCAGAGUUGAAGUCAGAGGUGGAUAUCAUCGUGGCUGAUGUAGGAGAACCAGACUCUUUAGCGGCCAUGUGUAAACAGGGUGUAAUUGUUCUCAACUGUGUGGGACCAUACAGAUUCUAUGGAGAGGCAGUGGUGAAGGCGUGUGUGGAGAAUGGUGCCCACUGUAUAGACAUUUGUGGAGAACCGCAGUUUCUGGAGGGCAUGCAGCUAAACUACCACAGCCAGGCAGCAGACAAAGGGGUAUACAUUGUAGGAAGCUGUGGUUUUGACUCCAUACCUGCUGACCUGGGUGUUCUCUACACCAGGGACCAGUUUAAAGGCACUCUUACGGCUGUGGAGAGCUUUCUGACAGCGAGUACAGGGCCUGAGGGCGGCUGUAUCCACGAUGGCACCUGGCAGUCGGCCAUCUAUGGCUUUGCAGACAGUGGAAAACUGAGGAGCCUGAGGAAGAAGUUUGAUCACAAGCCUCUACCUGUGGUUGGAGCCAAAAUUAAAAGAAGGAGCGCCCUGUUCUUUAGUGAUGAGAUCCAGCAAUACUCUGUUCCCUUCAUGGGUGCAGAUCCCUCUGUGGUUAAGAGGACCCAGCGUUUCCUUGCUGAAGAGCACAACAAGACUCCAGUGCAGUAUGGUGCUUACGCUGGGAUAGGAGGAAUCACCUCGGUCAUUAAACUCCUCUUUGCUGGAAUGAUGUUCUGGUUCCUUGUGAAGUUCAGCUUUGGCAGAAACCUUCUAAUUAAGUUUCCAGAGUUCUUCUCUUUCGGCUUCUUCUCCAAGGAGGGUCCAACUAGAAAGCAGCUGGAGGGCUCGUCUUUCAGGUUUGCCUUCUUUGGAGAGGGCUACACUGAGGGCCAGGACCCAUCGCAGGGCAAGCCAAAUGCCAAGAUCCGCACUCUCGUCCAGGGCCCAGAGCCUGGUUACGUUGCCACUCCGAUAGCCAUGGUGCAGGCAGCCAUUACCAUGCUGAAUGAGCCCAAUUCCCUGCCUAAAAAGGGCGGAGUCUACACUCCUGGAGCUGCUUUCGCCAACACCACCAUCAUCGACCGCCUCAACAAUCAUGGCAUCCAGUUCUCUGUGCUCGAAGUCAGUUAGAAGCAGAACUUGGUCUGGCCUGGUCCCAGCACAUCUCCAUUUACUCUGAUGUAGGGAGAAAAAUAAUUAGUUAAAGCUCACUAAAGACCUGGAUACCCUAAAGAAAUGCGGAAAAAAAACAGCAACAUGCUUCAUUCCUUUCUAAAUACUUCUUUCUGGUUGUCCUGAUAAUAGGAAACAUGAAGAAAGUUUGUCUCGGAAUGUCCUUCCAGAUUUGAGACAUUCUUGUCAAAGCCAAAUUCACAUGAGUAGAGGUUGCUCUUCAGUGUAUCCAGAUCUUUAAUCCACGGUUUCUGUUUUGCAGUUUAGUGUUGAUGCUUGUCUAACCUGUAGAAUGGCAUUUGCAAGCUGUUUAUCUCCUGUACUCUACAUCAUUUGACUUCUGCAGCUUUUUAGGUUUUUUUUGCAGGGGGGGGUUUGAGAUGAUAGUGCAAAAGUAACACACUUGGGCUAACAGCCACAGAAUAGAGUGAUUGAUUAAACGUGAAUAAAACACACUUUCUAGAACAAGGUUCCAAGUCUUAUAAAGACUUUUUUUGAUAAGCAUUUAUUAGGUAGGAUGUGACCAAAAAACAGGAAGAGAUCUAGGUUUCAGAAUCACUGUUAUAGAUGUAAUAACUAACUUGUACAGUCAUGAAGGUAGAGGAAUUCCAAGGAUCAGCUCAGUGCAUGCUAUGGUGAUGACCUCUGCCCUCGAAGGACAAGGAUCCACAAGGCUGUGUGUACUGUGCCUAUAAGCUUUCCUGCUCCAUCUGCCUGCUGCUGCUGUUUGUUUCAGAUCUGAAUAAAACAUAGCCACAUCUA